UGAUUUCUUCUUCCAAGUUGAUCAGCGUUUCAUCAAUGAUAGAAGAGCUGCCAGAGCUGAUGAUGUGGAACAGACUCCGUCCAGUGUGUUCCCUCCAGAGCUGAGUGAACACACACAAAGACCCAGUUUAUGGACCAUUUGUGGGGUCAAGUGACAGCACCGACCUCCUGCUCAUCCCUUCAUUGAGGACACCAGGCUUUGCUGCUCCCGAGAGACUCGAGGAUGUUGGCAGAUGCCUGUGAAUCAGUUUGGCCAAAGACCCAUAACAACCUCUGAAGUAGUAAUUAAUGGGGAUGUUUUGAGUAGAGCUCCACCCUCUGUCCAGCUGACCCCACGUCUCUACACUGCCAUGGCUGUAACAGGUUUCCCUUCUUCACCUCACUGAUCCAUGAAAGAAGCCAUGCCGGUGCUCACAGCAGGAGCAGGUCUUCAUGAAACACUGGCCCUUCUGACCUCACAGCUGCGGCCUGAUGCUAACCACAAAGAGGACAUGGUGUUCCUCAAAGAUGUCUUCAGUGAGAGAAGUCUAGGAUACCUCAUGAAGAUCCAUGAGAAGCUGCGACAGUAUGAAAGACAAAGUCCAGCACCUGUCCUUCACAGUGCCUCCUCUCUGGCAGAGGAUGUUACAGAGGAGCUGCAGAGUGGACCAAUGAGCUCUGACGAGAAGGAGCUGCUGCAUCUGCUGACAUCACCACAUCUUAAGGCAGUUCUAUCGGUGCACGACACUGUGGCUCAGAAGAAUUUUGACCCUGUGCUGCCUCCACUGCCAGACGACUUUGAGGACGAGAUCGAGGAGGAGUCUGUGAAGAUUGUGAGGCUGGUGAAGAACAAGGAGCCUCUGGGAGCCACCAUCAGGCGAGAUGAAGCCACAGGGGCGGUAAUCGUUGCUCGGAUCAUGAGAGGAGGUGCAGCUGAUCGAAGUGGUCUGGUUCAUGUUGGAGAUGAACUCAGGGAGGUCAACGGAGUUUCUGUGAUCCACAAAAGACCUGACGAGAUCAGUCAGCUACUGUCCCAGUCCCAGGGCUCCAUCACUCUAAAGAUAAUCCCUGCCAUUAAAGAAGAGGACCGACUGAGGGAGAGCAAGGUGUAUGUGAGAGCCUUAUUUGACUACAUCCCAUUAGAGGACAAGGCCACACCCUGCCAAGAGGCGGGACUUUCCUUCAAGCGAGGAGACAUCCUGCAGGUGGUGACUCAGGAUGACCAGACGUGGUGGCAGGCCAAACGUGUGGGGGACAGCAACCUGCGGGCCGGACUCGUUCCCUCUAAACAGUUCCAGGAGAGGCGACUGGCCUACAGGAUGAAAAUGGGCACACUUCCGAAUCCCAAAUCCCCUAAAAAGCCUGUUUACGACCAAGGAUGUGAUAAAGAGGACUGUGACUGUGAGGGCUAUUUCAAUGGACAGUACAUAGUCUCUCCUAAGUGUAAAGCAGUGGCGCCCUCCUGUGGCCAGGUGUUUUCCUGGGAAUUUUAUUCAGCCGGUUUACGGAGAAGUUUCCGGCUGAGUCGUAAAGACCGACAAGGAUCAUCAGGAGAAGGCUCUGAUCCUGGAGACUCUGAGUUUCUGACUUACGAGGAGGUGACCCGAUACCAGCAAAGGUCCAAUGAGAGGCCUCGUCUGGUGGUUCUGAUUGGUUCUCUUGGAGCACGAAUCAAUGAACUCAAACAGCGAGUUAUUGCUGACAAUCCACAUCGUUAUGCAGUUGCUGUACCACACACCACCAGGCCCAAGAAACCUCAAGAGAAGGAAGGAGUGGAGUACCAUUUUGUCACAAAACAGCAGUUUGAUACAGACGUUCUGAACAACAAGUUUAUAGAGCAUGGAGAAUACAAGGAGAACCAGUAUGGCACCAGUAUAGAGGCCAUACGUUCUGUUCAGGCCAAAAAUAAGAUGUGUAUCGUGGAUGUGCAGCCGGAGGCACUGAAGAGGCUGCGGACAGCAGAGUUCAAGCCUUACGUGAUAUUCGUUAAACCUCGUGUUCCUGAGAGCAGACGCCGCCGCAGCACUGCUACCUCACCAGGAGGGGGAGACCAUGGUCGGAUUACAGAUGAGGACUUACAGGAGAUGCGUCAGUCUGCUGUUCAGAUUGAUCAGCAGUACGGACACCUGGUGGACCGGGUCCUGAUCAAAGAGGACUCUGCCAGUGCCUGUGCAGAACUUCGAGGUAUUUUGGAAAGGCUGGAGCGAGAGUCCUUCUGGGUGCCCGUCAACUGGGUUCGAACCUAAACUUAAACCUUCCUCUCAGAAUCUUCCAGAGGAACUUUACAGCCCAAAUCAAUCCUGCAACCAAAGGGGAGAGGAUGAUGUAAGAGGAAGACAUUCGCUGGGGUUUUGUGGACGGCUCUUCUUGUUCCGUUUUUCUGUCUCAUGUAAUUUUUAU